AGUGCUUGGUUCUUAAAAAAUCGCAAUAUUUAGACGAAAAACAGCAUUCAGCAUUAAUAAAAUGCUAUGCCGUGGGGUCCGUAAAUGCGGCGACUAUGACGUCGCAGACGCGGAGACAAUGGAUGACAAGACUCAUUGUUUUGCCAUCCGUUUCCCGACUUGGUCUAUACUCUAGUCUAGUCUAUACCGACGUGGUCGUUGGUCUAUACUAACUUUGGUUUAUAGAUUGCCAGCAGCAGCAUGCUUGCACGGCAUGUUAUCUUAAUAGUGUGCAGUGUGUCAGUAGUAAGAUGUUAUAACAGUUUACCAUGGGAGCAUAUAAACAUAGCGGAACACCAGAGGCCGUGUCUACAGCAUAAGUUUAACCAAACGAAGAAAGACAAACCGAAAUGUUGGGGAUACGAAGCCGGAUGUGACGAACUAUCAAGAUACGAACCACGGUGGCCACGUGACUGUGAGACUCACGAAUUAUGGAGAUUCUGGGAACAGGGCGACUUUGGAUACGUCAGAAAUCGUUUAAAUGAGUUGGAGCAAUUACAAAUCUGUAAACCACGAAAAAACGACGUCACAAAGUCGUCUAUGAAUUGCACAGGACGGUUACAGUUUUGCCAAGCACGUGACAUUUUUCUCGACCUACGUCAUCCGCGCUCGACAAAAUGGCCACGUCAUCCUGAUGACGUAUUAAUGGCCGACGAGGUGGGGGGCAACUGUGACGUAGACAAGGAAGCAUUGUCGCGUCAAUAUACCCAGGGUUUGAAUGGUGGACUUCGAGCAUGGUACUCGGAGUUACGUCAUUUCACUGACGUCACGGACCCACAAUGCGACUUGUUCAUCGACAAACCAGUUGUUUUCAUGAAACUAGACCAAGGAAACAACAUGUACCACAAAUUCUGUGGUUUCUUUAAUCUAUAUAUUUCAAUGCACGUAAAUGGUUCGCUCGAUUUUAACGACGACUUCAUGAUUAUAAAUUGGGAUUGGUCAAACGUACCUUACAACAAUUACUUCGAGGCAUCUUGGUCAGCAUUCAGUAAGCAUCAAGUUGGUCAUAUAAGGGAUUGGUUCGGCAAACGAGUUUGUUUCAAAUCAGCUGUGUUUUCAUUCCUACCAAGAAUGUUGCUCGGACUUUUCUAUAAUGCUAUGUUGGGUGAAAACUGCUCUGGAUCGGGAAUGAUGAAAUCUUUUUCUCAAUUCUUUCUGCAUAGAAUGAACGUGACACAGAAAGGGCCAAUCCCUGGAAAAAUCCGAGUUACAUUUCUUCAAAGAUCAACAAAGCCCGACUACUUGGGUAAAGUGUAUCGACAGAUCGUGAAUGAGAAAGAUUUAUUCAAAGUCCUGAAUAAUAUUCCUGGUUUUCAAGUCAAGGUAGUUGAAUACCACCAAGACACAAUGUCGUUCAAAGAUCAAAUAUCGAUGUCACACAACAGCGAUAUAAUGAUUGGAAUGCAUGGAGCUGGUUUAACUCACUUUUUGUUCUUGCCACCGUGGGCUGUCGCUUUUGAACUUUAUAACUGCCAAGCUAAAUGUUAUCGUGACCUGGCACGGCUUCGUGGUGUGCGACACAUGACUUGGAGCCGCGACGACAAGUUGACAACCCACAAUGCGAGAGAGAGAGAACGAGAUCCAGAAAAUCGAAGAUACUGGAAUUUCUCAUUUGAUCUGGAAGAGUUUCGGAGACUUGUCCUCGAAGCGAGGGAUUAUGUGUUACAGGAAUUGGGACGAGUGCACACGGAGCUGUAAUACUAAUUUUAAGCUGAAAACCGCGGUCAGUGCUUCAUGUGCUGAAAAAUUAUAUUUGAGUUGUUCUGUUACACAAAAUGAUCCAUUUUGAGAUAUAAAAUGGAUGUUUUCUGACACACAGUGGGACUCGAUACACCUUAUGCUUACUGUCGAUAAUAACAUGAGUGUCUUCUUGUACAUCAGAUACACAUGGUGUAUUCAUACACUCAUGCUCACUGUUAAGUUAUAACAUGAGUGUCUUCUUAUACACUAGACACACAUGAUGUAUUCAUACAGCUCAUGCUCACUGACAAGUUAUAACAUGAGUGUCUUCUUAUACACCAGAUACAUAUGGUGUAUUCAUACGCUCACUGUCUACUUAUAAUCUGGAUGUCUCUAUACACCUCAUGCUUACUGUCAAGUUAUAACAUAGGUGUUUUCUUAUAUCAGACACCAGACACACAUGAUUUCUCUAUAUACCUUAUGCUUACUGUCAAGUUAUAACAUGGAUGUUUUUCUUAUAUACCUUAUGCUAACUGGAAAGUUAUAACAAUGUUAUCUCCCUCCCAUGCCAGAUAAUGCUAUUGUGCCCAUCUUUAAAUAUAAAAUAAAUGUUACACAUAUGUGACGUUACCACAAAGAGUAAAAGAAGAUAAAAUUUUAAUCCACCAACGUAUUAUAACUACUGCUAUCACAAUAAGAAGAAAGAUACUGCCAGAAAUAAAAGCAAACAUUUUAAGCUUCAUAGAAGCAGUAUUCUAAAUUUUCUAGGAACGCAAUAAACAAAUUUAAUUUUGAAUA